GUAUGGAAAUCAUAUUAUUAUCCAAUCAACUAAUUUGAUCAAAUUAAUAAGUAAAAAUUAAAAUAUAAAAAUCAACAUUUAAACCAAUAAGAAGUUGAUAAAUGAAGAAAUAACUUUUAAAAUAGACCUGGAAACAACAACAGUUAAAUGGAUAUAUUCCAUUAAACUUGUAUCUAUGUGGGUAUGUGUAUAUGUAUGUGUGUAUGUAUAUGUGUGUUUCUAUGUAGGUAUGUGAUGAAAACAUCACUUUGUCCUGUUUUCUCAUAUUUGAACUCACUAUUAUCAUCAUAUUCAUUUAAGUCUUAUUUAUUCAUUCAAUAUCCUAAUUGUUACUAUGAUAUAUGAAUCAAUUGGAUUAUAUCUUAGUUACCAUCAUUAUCAUUAUCCUUUAAUUAUUACGUAACUGUUAUUUGAUCAUAAGAGUUUUGAUAGUAUCAUUGUUAUUACCAUCAUCACCAUCAGCGUUGACAACCAUAUUCAUCACUUUUGUUGAAUGUUUUCACAAGUUUAUCAAGUCAGUAUAUUUUAAGUAGUAAAAAUUAGAAAACAAGAAAACAGAAAGGAAGAAUAGGGAAAAGAAGUAAAGAAAGAAGACUAGAGAAAAGAAGAAAAGAGAGAAGAAGAACGGAGAAAAGAAGAAUAGAGGAAGGAAGAAAAGAGAGAAAAAGAGAAAAAAAGGAGGAUAGAGAAAAGAAAAGAAAAUAUAAGUUUACCUGUACAACGAACUACAAAAACAUAGACACAGAUACAAACAUACACACAUACAUACAUAUCUACAUACAAAUACAUAAUAAACCUGUUUGGGGAAUGUUUCAAUGUUGACUGUAUAUUUUCAUUGAUAAUAUAAAAGUUUCUAUCAUUUACAUGUUUCAACAAAGAAGAUCUUUAUCUGGAACGUAUAACCAUUGAAUUAUUGAACAACAAUCAUAUAAAUAUCAAUCAAUUAUGCCAAUUCACUAUUAUCCAAUUAUUUUUAAUGUAAUUUUCUUACUACUUAAAUCAUUUAUGAGUAGUUAUCAAAUCCCAAUAAUGAUUUAUAACCUUGCUGAUGAAACACCAACUGGUUCAUUAAUUGGUAAUAUAGCAGAAAAUUUAUCUAUAAAUUAUAUAAGGAAAUAUACAUUCUUGUUAAUUACAUCAAUGAAAUUUCAAUAUAUAAAUGAUUACAUAAAGAUUACAUCCAAUGGUGAUCUAAUCACAUUACGUCACAUUGAUCGGGAUAAUACAAAUGAUAUAUGUGGUCCAUUAAAUUGUUGUACAUUAACCGUAUGUCAAAUUGAAGCAAAUGUCAUUUUAACUAAACAAUGGGAACAAGAUUUUAAUCAUGGCAAUCAUUCAAUAAUGAAAGAUACUCGUAUUACUGAUGAAGAUGAAGAAAUUUUGAGACGAAACCCGGUAAAAUUGAAUGAAUCUAAUCAACAAACGAUUAUACGUUUAUAUAUACGAAUUAAUGAUGCAAAUGAUAAUCCACCACGUUUUAUGUCAACUAAUGUGAUUAAAUAUGAUCCAUUCAAUGUAUCUCAACAAUUAUAUAAUAGACCAUUUAUUAUUUAUAUUCGAGAAGGUGAUACAAGCGGAUUUGAAGGUUUACCUAUGGCUUCCGAUGCGGAUUCUGAAGUAAAUGGUAUAGUCACAUACAAACUGGUUGAACAUACAAAUAAUGGAGAUCCUGUUGAAGAACCUCGUUUAAACAUUAGUAUAACUUAUGAUAAUAUCAAUUCAAUCAAUCCAAAAUUAAUACUCCUAAGAUCAUUAGAUUAUGAAAAUCUAGAUGAUCGUGAAAUCUAUGCAACAUUCUAUGCAAUUGAUGGUGGUGAUCCAUCUUUAACUGGUUCAUUAUCAAUUAUAGUUCGACUAUUAGAUAUCAAUGAUAAUCCACCUAUUAUAAGACAAUCUACAAUGAUUGACCAAUCUAUUAUAUUACCAGAGAAUACAACAUUAGAUGAUAAACCAUUCUAUAUAGUGAAUGCUACAGAUGCUGAUUCUGGGGACAAUAGUCGAUUAAUCUAUUCAUUUAGUCCAUUAGUCAAUAGUUUAAUUCCAUUGAAAUUUCAUAUUGAUUCAAGAAAUGGUGCUAUUACAAUACGUGAACCAUUAGAUUAUGAAAUCUAUUCUGAACGUCAAUUUCUAUUACCGAUUGUUGUCAAAGAUUGUGGUAGUCCACAGUUGUCAACCAGUACAUCCAUUUCUAUACAGAUUAAGGAUAUUAAUGAUAAUAGACCAACAUUAAUUAUACAAGAGAAUAUUACUAUACCUGAAGGACAAAUAUUUACAAAACCAAUUAUACGAUUUUAUAUUAAAGAUGAUGAUGAAGUAUCACAUGGAAAA